AAACAAAACAUGUUGUUGACAAUCUUUGUUUCUUGAUGAUAGACUGCAUGGUGGGAAAUGCAAAGAUGGCCUUGAGAACAACAGGAAGUGUGAUUGUGGUUUUCAUCUUGUCAGUGUCAGGAGGACUGGGUCAGUUCAUUGUGACUUACAACAAAACCAGUAUCUUUGCCUUGAAUGGGUCAUCAGUGGACCUCCCCUGCUCUUACACAUAUCCCAGUGGGUAUACAGUCACAACAACACAAUGGCAUAAUUGGAAGUAUAGGCAAUAUAAUAAUGAAAUAAAGCACCGAUCAGAGUAUUCAGGUCGUGUUGAGUACCGUGGGAAUAAGAUCAAUGACUGCACCCUGAGAAUCAGAAACCUGAGAGAGAGUGACUCAGGAGAGUAUCGCUUCAGAUAUGAAACCAUCACCAAAUACACAUGGAGCUACAUUUGGAGACCUGCCUCAGGUGGAGUCACUCUGUCUGUGACAGACCUGAAGGUGUGGUUGACAUCUACCAUGGUGACAGAGGGAUCACCGGUGACACUGACCUGCAGAAUCAUCUCCCCUCUGAGUGACAACCUCGCCUACAUCUGGUACAAGAACAAACAAUAUCUACAGUACAACUCUUCCCCUUGGUACAUAUAUUCAGUCAGCAGUGAGGAUGCAGGCAGCUACUCCUGUGCUGUUAAAGGUCAUGAGGAUCUCCACUCUCCUGAAGUGACUCUAACUGUCAUCUACAAACCAAAGAGCAUCUCAGUGUCAGUCAGUCCCUCUGGUGAAAUAGUGGAGGGCAGUUCAGUGACUCUGACCUGCAGCAGUGAUGCCAACCCACCAGUUCAGAAAUACACCUGGUACAAGAGGAACAUUACGACACCAAAAGCACCAGGACAGAUAUAUAACAUCUCCUACAUCAGGUUGGAGGACAGUGGAGAGUACUACUGUGAGGCAGGCAACAAGUAUGGACUUAUCAACUCUUCCUCCGUGUUUGUAAAUGUUCAGUAUAGACCAAAGAACACCUCAGUGUCAGUCAGUCCCUCUGGUGAAAUAGUGGAGCGCAGUUCAGUGAAUUUGACCUGCAACAGUGAUGCCAACCCAGCAGUGCAGAAAUACACCUGGUUUAAAAAGACUGUCAUCUCACCAAAAGCAUUCGGUCAGAUCUAUAGCAUCACCAACAUCAACUCUGAGGACAGUGGAGAAUAUUACUGUGAGGCACAGAAUGAGAAAGGAGCUAGUAACUCUACAGUUAGAUUGAUCAUUGUAUCAGGAAAACAAACAUCUAGUAUUAACAUAGCUGUAGGAAUCACGGUUGUUGCUCUGGUUCUCAUUCUCCUAUUUAGCUUUCUGUGGUUCAGAAAGAGGGCUCCCAAAUCAACUGACACACGGGACACAGCAGAGGAUGGACAGGGAGGCUCUAGUCACCUGUAUGACACCAUCUCAGGCAUGGCCAUGACCCCUCCUGCAGUACAGACAGUGGACACAGACGAGGAGGAUAACAUCCACUAUGACAGUGUCCACUUCUCUCCCUUCAGAAACCAGGAAGUGCCUAUGUACUCCACUGUCCAGCUGCCCAACAAGGAAAUCCAAUACACUGUGGUAAAAUUCAAGCACCUAGUUGUUGCCCCCCAACCUGCAGCACAUGGAGCUGAUGAUACAUCUGCAAUCUACAGCACAGUCAACAAACCCAGAACCUGGGCACAAGAAGGUACAUUCUUAUGCUCUCAUACAGUGUUUCCCAGGCCUCUUACUGGAUCGCUAUAAUCCGACUGAGCUGAAUUUAAAAACAUUGUCUUGUUGAUUUGUUGAUUCACACAAUAUUUUGAUGUAUAAAGUAUAGAUUUAAAGGAACCUGCAGUAACCAUAUUAGUGUCCAAGACAAUACAGCAACAAUUUAUAGUAUUGUGAAGUGUAAGAUGUGGCAUAAUAGUUUUGUUUAUGAACGUUGUUAAAGCUGCAAUAUGUAACAUUUUGGGCAACCUAACCAAAUUCACAAAGAAAUGUGAGUUAUAGAUUUGUCAUUGUCAGUGAAAGCAAGAGUAAGAAGCGAUAGAUAUGUUCUAUGUGCACCAUUUUUGUGCUUCCUGUUCUUAAAGGGAUUAUUUUUUUAACUACAAAACAGAAAUGCACAAUUUUCACAUAUGUUGAUUUUGGGGUGGUGCUGGAGAUGUUGAAAAUGGAAUAUAAAUUUCCCUUUAAGUUGA